ACGCAUGCGCGCAGAACCUACUUUCACUGUAUUUUGAUCCUUCUAACAUUAGCCUGGAGAGGCUUGGGAAUUCCCCAGGACAACUAUUUUAGCAAGACGCCUUGACUUGAAAACAGCUUAAGACGGUAACAUUUAUUUUACUCCUUAAAUAACCUUUUAAAAGAUUAACUUUAUCAGUUAGAGCUUAGGUGCAGCGCCCUGCGCUGUUUUCUUAGCCUGGUCCUAGCACUUUAGCUUGCAAGCUAGCCAACUGCUACUGUCAAGCUGCCAGCUUGACAGCACAGCUAACGUUAGGUUGUUACUUUUCUUUAGACAGUUUGCUAUCAGGCUAGCUACUAAAAGUAAAUAUAGACCAAUUUUAACCAGCUGUUAUUGCCAUUAUUGCAGAGGAAUCUAUAUAAAAAAAAAAAAAAGUGCAUAGCUAGCUAGCAACGGUAUUCGUAAUGGCUGGUAUUCAGCCCAGGUGCGAUUCUGGAAAGCUGCCUACACGGCCUGAACUUCACUUCGGGCUUGAAAAACACGACGCUCUGUGUACUUCUACACCGGAGGAUUGGUGCGACAGUGGGCUAGAUUGUCUGAGUGGAGCAGCGCUGAGUCUGGAUGACCCCUUCAGCAACGAGACAUCCCAAACAUGGGUGCCCGGGUCCCCUCCGUACACGACCUCCUACCCAUCACUGGAUGACACUGACAAGCGCCCCAUGGACUGUAGUUCACCGGGGGGUGAAGAGAGGUUGGACUCGGCUAUAGGGGACUCAAUUACAGAUGAGACUAUGGGGAGUAUAUCACAGGGGCUGGGGACCAUGCACCUGAAUGAACCAGUUAUCAGUGACACAGUGGAUGACAGUGGGAGGCAAGCGGCACUGAUCCCAGAGGAGGAAAAACGGAGAAGAGAGAUGUUCAACACACUGAACUUUGUGUCUGAGGAUGGAGACACGGCUCUUCACCUGGCUCUUAUUCACGAGCACUGGGCCUUUGUACAGUACCUUCUGGGGGUGAUAGCGCUGGACAGGAGCUGGGUGCCUUACCUGGACAUCCAGAACCACUUGGGACAGACUGCCCUUCACCUGGCUGUCAUAGUGGACCAGUCCCAGUUUGUGCGAGGGCUGCUGUGGGGUGCUGCGAGCGCUGAGCUCCAGGAGAGGGGAGGGAACACACCGCUGCACCUGGCUGUCAGGGAGCUGAGGCAGGACUGUGUACGAGAGAUCACCUCCAACUGCCAGAGCACUGACUACCUGCAUGUCACCAACUACUCAGGGGUGAGUGCACUGCAUUUGGCAGUACAGAGGGGCAAAGAGGACAUAAUCAGCAUGCUGAUUGAUGCAGGAGCCAAUGUUAACCAGAGGGACKUGGGCUCAGGCCGCUCCCCUUUACACUGGGCCGUUGAGUCCCAGAGCCCCAGGCUGGUGCAGCUGCUGCUGCAGGGGGGGGCCAAUGUAGACCAGCCCUCCUAUGCAGGCCACACGGCCCUCUACUGCGCCCUGCACAGGCCCAACAAGGAGGUACAGGCCCUGCUCAAGGCUAGAGGGGCCUCUGACACACAGGUCCAGGAUGAAGAGGAUGAGGAAGCAGAGGAGAGGGAGAGCGAAGAUGAAGAGUUUGAUGACGUUGUUAUCAAUGGACAACGAGUGCACUAACCAUGAACAUGGACACUAAGCCACAUGGAGUCAUGGCGCUGCUGUUGGGCUAAGCUAUAGAUGUAGAUUGUGUGGUUCGUGUAUGUAUGUGUGCCUGUAAAUUGUAUAUAUCAAGGCUGCUGGGGAACUCCAGUUCUCAACCCAGUCAGGAACUAAGUUGUUCGAAUUAGCUUAUCACAGUUGUUCCUGCUUCAAAUUAGUUCCCUUAAAUUGUGCAGAGGGCAAGCUAAUAUUAGUUGGAUCACAUGGGUUUUAGUGUCUAUCUGGAGCUAAGCUUGCCAAGACUAGUGUUGCCUACUCUAAGCAUGGGAGAAUGAUCCAACCAUGGACUCAGCUGUGUGCUGUCAAACUCAAAUCAUGGCCCCGCCCACUAGUGGCCACAUCUCUU